GUGGUCGUGAGGCAUCUCAAGGCAAGCACACUGGAUGCGCUGGGCGUUGUGGCACUAACUUGGUAGCCGCGAUGGAGCAUGACAUAAUCGUCAAACAACAUCUCCAUUCGAGAAACCGUGAAGACCUCGUGCCGGUUCAUACUUGCGUCUACUGCUAUCAUUUGCGAUACCGUGUACACUCGAGUUACUUCACCAUCCUGUCUGUUGCGGAGAUGAUGCAGGUUCUGAUCGUUUUCCUGCUCAACUUCAUCUUUACCUGGGCUCAAGGGGAUAAUGGCACAUACUGUCUGGCCACAAGCUGGAUAACGGAAACGUUGUUAACUGCUUGUGGUGUUCUAGAGACAACUACGGUCUACGAAGAAGCGCCAUGCCCACUCACGACAGGUAUCGUACUUCCCGACGCCGUCUUGACAGGAGUGACGAUACAGCCGGCUAGCUCGCCAACUGCAUGCUGCGUCUUACCUACACCAUCGUCUUCCCUUAAACUGAUCGCCUUCGAACCGAAUUCCACCGAUGUAGACCCUAUCUACUUCUAUACGAGUAACAACGCUACACCCCCAUACUACGUUGGUACGCUGGUAGGCGGGUUCCGUUGUCUCCUUGAUUUGUCACCAGAGACCUUAGCGGCCGGCCGUCUUGCUGCGUAUCUGUCCAACGGGGAGUCCAUCAUCUUUGACGAGACUGGCAUGCACUACUAUGGUGCAGGUUGUAACACUACAACUUCCAUUACCAUCUCCAAUUUCUUGGCCCAACUCGCAGGAUUGCCAGAUGCACCAUCAUCAGCCGGUACUGACCAGAGAGGCAGAAGAGUCAGAAAGAGAGACCUUACCGAGACUAACUUCACCGUCGCAGUCCAGGUAGCAGCUGCCAUUGACCUCUUCCUCCGCGACCCCCAAGUAGCCUUUGGUGACUCGCCCUGCACUUUUGUCAACAUCCAGAACAUCACAGAAUGGGACAUACACUCCUGGACAUGCCAAUAUCCUGGCGCCAACAGCAGCGAGAAAAGCUGCGAGGAGAAGUUCCACUCCUGGUUCAAGCCCGACUCGCCUUCUCCCUCAGGAACUGGCCUCGACCAGACCGGAAACGCCCUCUUCAACUUCGUUCCCCGUCUCAUCAACCGCGUCGAAAACAAUAUUGCGAAUCUCUUCCCCGGCAUCAGCGAACCGCUUCAACACGGCCUAGCUUGGCUCAACAAUGCCCACAACGCCGUACUGCACGCUGCUGAUGUCGGUGGGGGUGAACUGUGUGAAAUACUCCAUGCCCUCGACGAAUACGAUCUUAUCUUGUCAGACCCGGGAUUACCAAGCUUGCACACCAUUGGGAACUACCACUCGCCGCCGGUAGCAACAAUCACCGAGGUGUUCGAGUCCCAUACAAAAAGAAUCACGAAGGAACCGCCGAGGCAAGUAGUACCGACAGAGACGAGCUUCCCCAACGUCACGGAGACUUCGUUCUCGGAGAUUCCAGAUAUUCCAGAUCUGGCGUCGACGUUGAUAUCAGUAGAGGAGCACUUGAUCAAGGCUGCCAUUACUCCUUUUACGUCAUUGGGAUCUUUGCUUGAUGCCCCGCUAGAGGCAAGUGAUGAGGAGGCUUCCAAGAGGUUGCCGACUGUCACUGUGACGGCUCUUGUCACGGAAAUUGUGACAUGGUUUGGGAGGACUUUGUCGGCAGCAGAAGACAGCUUUAUUCCGAGUAUGCCUGCUAUAGAUUCAGCCGCAUCUUAAAGGAUGACAACUCGGCGAAGUGAACAGCCUACUGGCUUUUUUUCCAUAAAUGUCGUUGUUUGGUGACAAUUCAGGAGGUGUCUAUUUUCGAGAGGUGAUGAAGGUCACCAUGUACCAUUCAAUUCGAAGUUUGUAUUUUAGAUAACGGUAUCCUGUGACUGCUAAUUAAUGAUUAAUCAUAUAAUUU